GAGUUGCUCACUACUUGUGUUCAGCUUUGGAACAAUGGCAGCACUUUGGGGCUUUUUAGGAUUUUUUGUACUUUGUGCCACUGGUAGUUUUUCUGCUGCGCUUUCCUUGGCACAAAGUCAAGUAGCCUUUCAUUGGCCUGGGCAACAAUCUCAACCUCUGAGUUUUCUGGUGAAGCAGCCACCAUCUCAGGUGAACCAGCCACCAUCUCAGGCAAACCAGCUACCAUCUCCAGUGAAGCAGCCACCAUCUCAGGCAGAGGCAAUUCAGACAUGUGUGGUAGAGGAUUAUGAAAAGGUGCAGUGUGGUGAGCCUAGCAUUACUCCUGCAAAUUGUCAGGCUAUAAACUGCUGUUUUGAUGGACGCCAAUGCUAUUAUGGCAAAACUGUGACUGUUCAAUGUACACGAGAUGGGCAAUUUGUGAUCGUGGUAGCCAGAGACUCUACUCUCCCAAGUUUGAGCCUGGAUUCCAUCAGCCUCUUGGGAGGAAAAGACCCACCCUGUGGGCCUGUUGGUACCACUGCAUCUUUUGCCAUUUACCAGUUCCCUGUCACUGCCUGUGGCACCACAACAAUGAUGGAUGGUGACUCUCUUGUCUAUGAGAACAAAAUGACUUCUUCCUAUGAAGUAGGGAUUGGACCACUUGGCUCGAUCACAAGAGACAGCAGUUAUACGCUUCUCUUUCAGUGCCGUUAUUCUGGCACUGGUGUCGAGGCGCUGGUUGUUGCGGUGAACACCGUCCCUCCACCACCUCCUGUGUCUGCUCCUGGUCCUCUGAGUGCACAGCUUCGACUGGCUAAUGGACAAUGUUCCACUAAGGGAUGCGUACAAGACGAUCAGGCAUAUUCUUCAUUCUAUUCAAAUGAUGAGUACCCUGUGACAAAAGUCUUGAGAGAGCCGGUCUACGUUGAAGUGCGUAUUUUGGGGCGGACUGACCCCAACAUUGUUUUAAAACUGGAACAAUGUUGGGCAACCUCUAACCCUGAUCCUCUCAGCCUGCCACAGUGGCAUCUUCUUGUGAAUGGAUGUCCUUACCAGGAUGACCGCUACCUGACCAACACGAUUCCAGUGGAUGGAUCUUCAGGGCUCCAAUUUCCAACCCAUCACAAACGGUUUACCUUGAAGAUGUUUACAUUUGUGGACUCCACGUCAAUGGCACCACUGUUUCAAUCAGUCUUCGUUCACUGUAGUACAUCAGUUUGCACCCCAACUGCAGCAGACUCCUGUGUCCAGAGCUGCAACAGGAGGAGGAGAGAUGCUGAGACUUCAGAAGAUGCUCCUCGUGCAGUCGUGUCCAGUAGAGAAAUCCAGUUCAAGAUCUGAGCAUUGAUUUUUCUGCAAUAAACGUUUUCUAAAUCUA